AUGCCACUGAAGAAAUUGGAGAAGAUGAAUGGUGUUGAAAUUAAAGAAGUGUUAAAAAGAAUUGCUAGCUUGGACAAAGAUUUUUUUCUGCAUUACUCGAAGCAAAUACAUCAGCAUAGGUUUGCGUUGGAACGAAAGUUCCCCUGCAGUGAAACUAAGCGUCAUGUUUUGCCUGACAUCAUCAGUGAAAGUAACUCUUGUGCUUUCUGCUUAGGCAUUAUUAUCUGUCGAAAAAUUUAUCCCGAAGUUACGAUAGCUGAAGAUCUUCAUCAUUCUCAUCGACCUCGCAUCAGUAUUGUUAUUCAUUUAAGUCAGUAUGAUAUUCACAUUUUAUUGACAUACAUUCUUAAGUGGUAUCAAAUUAUUGGCCUAACUGAAAGUCUUGCAAGGUGGAUGUUUGCUCUUCUAAUUUGCCUUAAGGAACCUGUGACUAAUAAAACCAGUGAAUUCCUAAGCAGUUUAUCGCAAAAGUUCAAAACUGAUCAAAAUUCAAAGACUGGUGCAGAAUUGGUUAGACUUUGCUAUUUGGUAAAGUGUAUAAAUUCACUCUUCAAUUUGAACAGACAGAAAGAUAUCAAGAGAUUGAUGCAAUAUGCGAAAUUAGCUGGGGAAAUGUUGUCAGAGUCAGAUUAA